AAGGGAACUUUCCUGGCUCGUUUGUAAGGCUGCUUAGUAAAACUAAAAUCCACCAAUUCAGCCUCAUCUCAUCUUAAGGUGCUUCAAAAAUACCAAAUAUUUCACUAUUUUACAAUAUUUAAAAAAUAAAUAACCCCAUUAGGAUAAACAUCACAAACAAGUUCGGACAAACUUACUGAUAGACAUGCAAGUUGUCAAUCAGUUAUCUCGUCUUUUUCAAUCAAUAACCCCAUUUUUCACUAUAUACAAUAUUUCACUUUAUGUUGAGUCAUAAGUCAAGUUUAUAUGGUACCGGUGCUUUAGAUUUUAUGGAUGGUGCGUAGUAAAGCUAAAAUCCACCAAUUCACCUUCAUCUCAUCUUUUUAUCCAGCCAUGUUCUUCGCGUGCAAGCUACUGACCAUGGCGAGCCGGCGUUGCACAGUCCUACAGUCAAUGUCACUCUCACAGUGAUAUCCAAAGACAGCACCAUACCUGUGUUUCAACAACCGUCUUAUAUGUUCAAUAUUUCUGAGGAUACUGGGAUAGACACACGCAUAGGUACCCUCCAAGCCUCUCAGAGAAACCCGCCUCCUGGAUCUUCAAUUGUGUACGAAAUUACUUCCGGGAACUCAGAGGGAAUAUUUCAUAUUCAAGAUUCUUCGGUAAGAUUUCUUAAGCCUGGUGUUGACACUAUCAAAGUUUCUGUGAUCACAGUAGGAAUUUUGCAUGGGUAAAUUCUUAGUUUUGAAGGAUUUGUAAGAAAUGUUUGAGGAAACUGACUCAGUUUUAAACACUCAAACAAAGUGCUUCUGAGAUGAAAUUAUAAUCAGACAACUGAAUAUUGUAGAAAACUCCAGUCGCAGAUCGCAGAAAUGGAAGGGUUUAACAUUCGACUUUUCGUUGUAUCAUACAGGGAGCUUUAACUCUGGUGAAGCCACUCAACCGCGAAUCUCAGUUCUCUUACACAUUGAUUGUGACCGCUACGAAUAGUGAAGAUUCAAAUCAAAUUGGUCACACUGUGGUAAGACACCUUUCAUUUCCAUUUUAACAACGAAAAAAUAUCUGGUUAGCGCUAUCAGUUCUAAACUGUUCCCCUUAGAUGUCCAGUAAGAGUCAUCUCUUAUUGAUCCAGUGUUACUACAGGUGGAAACCUAAACUAAACUAAACUUUAUUUAUGCUGGAUAGCUUUGUCAGUUCUAAACUGUUCUUCCUAAAGGUUCAGUAAGGAUCAUCUCUUAUUGAUCCAGUGUUACUACAGGAGGAAACCGAAACUAAACUAACUUUAUUUAUACUGGAUAGCUCUACUUGCCUAAAGAUGAAAAAUUAAUGUUUUUUCUAUUGCAUUCACAGGUGACAAUAUUGAUCACAGACGUAAACGACAGUCCACCAGUAUUCCAGUUCAAAAACUACCAAGCUGAAGUCGAAGAAAGUUCUUCUCCUGGAACAAAAAUCACCGUGCUUGAAGCGUACGAUCCUGACGAAAUUACUGCAGAGGUAAUGGAAACACAAGUCCAAGUUAAAAGAUCAAUACCCCACGUCAGACCCAAACUACUGGAGCUUAUUGUAGAAUACUACGUACACUGGACCUCCACAAUUUCGUUUAUCCCUCUGAUAAAUCUACUUAAUUUAUAUAAUAAUUUAAUUUAUAUAUAAUUUAAUUAAGCUAUAUAUUAAUAAAUAUAUAAUUUAAUUUAUAUAAUAAUUACUAUAUAAUUUUUAUAUAGUAAUUUAUAUAUAAUUUAAUUAAGCUAUAUAUUAAUAAAUAUAUAAUUUAAUUUAUAUAAUAAUUACUAUAUAAUUUUUAUAUAGUAAUUUAUAUGAUAUGAUAAAAUGAUAAGAUGAUUUAGUAAUCAUUAGUAUUGUAGAAUACUACCUACACUGGACCUCCACAAUUUCGUUUAUUCCUCUGAUAUCAAUUUAUCUAUAUACAAUUUUAGCUCCAAUACAAUAUCGUGGAAGGCAACGAAGACAGAAAGUUUGCUAUUGCUACCGAAACGAUGGAUGGUAUUAAUGUUGCUGAGAUAUCUGUGGCGGGAAAUCUGGACAGAGAGACAACUGAGUAUUAUACAUUGACGGUACGACUGAUGAUUGAAUUAUUGGAUAGUUUUAAAGUACAGUACAGUACAGUAUUAUGCAUUAAAUUUCAAAAUUUUGUCCAGUAGGAGAUCUUCCUCUAGUUUCAAAAGACUAAUUAAAUAUUAUUUGAUUUCUUUUGUUUUUGGUUGAUGAAAUAUUAACGUGAUUCAGAAGUAGCAAUGUAGUUGUUGUUAGCACAGGUUGGAAGGUCUGAGGGACUUCUGAAGUCAUAUAGUUUUAUUGCAGAUAUCAGUGAGUGAUGGAAAAUUGAAAAGCAACUGUUCAUUACGCAUCAAAGUGAAGGAUGUUAACGACAACGAUCCCGUCUUUCAUCCAACCAGUUAUCGAGCCAGCGUUCCAGAGGUAGGAACCGUUUAAACAUUCACUCUUUCACAGACUUGUUGACAAGUUAAAUUCCUUGUCGGCAUACACUAAAGCCAGUAGUAAGGAAAUUAAUUUCGUUCAGAGGAAAGAGUUGAGAAGAAUUUUCUGUUUUUAGAACUCCAUUGAAGGUUUUUCGAUUCUCAAAGUCACGGCUGUUGACGCGGAUAUUGGGGAGAAUGCAGAUAUUACUUACACUUUUUCAGGUACGUCGUGAUAUUUUUUAUUUAUUUUUUUAUAGACGUCCAGUAUAAGAGUCAUCCUUUUUUAGGAAGGAAACCUAAACAACUAAACUUUAUUUAUACUGGAUAGCUCUAUCAGUUCUAAACGACUAUUCUUUCUAGAGGUCCAGUAAGAAUCAUUUCUUAAUGAUCCAGUGUUACUACAGGAGUAAAUCUAAACUAAACUAACUUUAUUUAUUUAUACUGGAUAGCUCUAUCAGUUCUAAACUGUUCUUCCUAGAGGUCCAGUAAGGAUCAUCUCUUCUUGAUCCACUGUUACUACAGGAGGAAACCUAAACUAAACUAACUUUAUUUAUACUGGAUAGCUCUAUCAGUUCUAAACUGUUCUUCCUAGAGGUCCAGUAAGGAUCAUCUCUUAUUGAUCUAGUGUUACUACAGGAGGAAACCUAAACUAAACUAACUUUAUUUAUACUGGAUAGCUCUAUCAGUUCUAAACUGUUCUUCCUAGAGGUCCAGUAAGGAUCAUCUCUUAUUGAUCCAGUGUUAUCACAGGAGAAAACCUAAACUAAACUAACUUUAUUUAUACUGGAUAGCUCUAUCAGUUCUAAACAGUUCUUCCUAGAGGUCCAGUGAAAAUCAUCUCUUAUUGACCCAUUGUUUCUACAGGAGGAAACUCAAACUAAACUAACUCUAUUUAUACUGGAUAAUUCUCUCUAAUUCCCUAUCUUAUCAAUAGUUUCACAAGUUCAUUUCUCGAUCGACGCAAGUUCUGGUGAAAUCACAACAACAGCUGAGAAACUGGACAGAGAGACAAGAUCUUCUUACGCAUUUCAAGUCACUGCCACAGAUCCCGAUGGACGGAGGGUAGGAAAUAAUACGAUAGAUAUUUAAAUAAUUUUAUAAUUAUAGUAAUAUUAAAGUUUGUGUAAAUAUGACAACGUGGCCUAAUGAUGACAAUAAUAAUAACAUCACAUCGGGUUUGAAAGAUUAAGACAAUUAAGAAAUAUAACAAGUUUUAUAAUUUCAAUAAGCUGUCGUGUUGUAUGCCUGAACUACCAUAGCAAGAUUAUAUUAUCAUUUUUCUUUAUCUUUCGCCAGGAUGAUGCUAAUGUGAUAAUCACAGUGUCAGAUGAAAACGACAAUGCUCCAGUCUUCAACCCACUCUCAUAUUCAACAGAUAUCACGGAAGGAGCGAACACUCAGGGCAGAUCUGUCAUUACUGUCAGUGCGACAGACGUUGAUGAAGGCGAGAAUAAAGAAAUUGUUUAUUCAAUAACACGAGGAAAUAUUGGCGGCACUUUUAGUAUCAAUAACAUUACGGUGAGGAUCUUACUUCUUCGUGACAAACUGUCAUUGCCAUUAUUUUAGGAUUAAAGUGAAAUGCUUCAUGGUUCUUCAUGGUAUCUCUUAAAUUCCAUUAUACUGAGCUCUAUCAGUUCUGAACUGUUCUUCCUAGAGGUCCAGUGAGGAUCAUCUCUUGUUGAUCUAGUGUUACUACAGGAGAAAACCUUUUUUGGUACCUUUUUUACACUGGAAGCACUCUUUCUAUUCUAUUUGUGAAAUCCAUCUUUUCCAUUCCAGGGUGAAAUCACUGUGGCUAAUGCGGUCGACCGUGAAAUCGGAGGACUGGGUACUAAUACUCAAGGACACAAAAUAUUCACUCUCACCGUAACGGCAUCUGAUUUGGGAAGUCAACCGCUGACCUCUACCACCGAGGUAAGUAUGAUUUUGAUUUCAGGGUGUCUACAGUAUAGCUCUUAUUUCGGUAUACAUGAGAUUAUCUCACUAUCCGGCCGGAUAUGAUUAUCCAGUGGAUCCCUACAUCACGUAAAAACGCACAAGUUGUGACAAACCUGCAGCAGACUUGUAGCAAUGCUGUUUCAACAACUUGUCAACAGGAUGUGUUCGCACUGCUUGUUCCCAGCUUGUUGACAAGUUGUCAACGCCUUGUUGACAACUCGCUGCAAGGUUGCUGAGCUCAACAGUCUUGUUACAGGUUGUUCCAACAACUUGUUAUCGUCCUACAAUUCAACAAUUUUGUUUUAUUUUAUUUUACAAUCUUUGUCAGAUAAAUGACACUUUAUACCCACAGAGCCGAACACUCCUUUACGGGUAACCUUAACUAUUUAUACAGAAUACAUAUAAGUGAUAAUUAUUAACAACACAAUUUAACAGAGAAAUUUGUCACCAAGUUGUGAGUGACAAGCUUGUAGGAACUUGAUAUGUUAACAGCAUUGUUACAACUUGUUGACAAGCUUGCUACAAACCUGUUGCGAACACAUCUUGUUGACAAGUUGUGAGAUUUUUACGUGUAUACCUGAAUGUCGAGCCAUAAAUUUUCUUUGUUUCUAGGUCACCGUACAAGUGAACGAUAUUAAUGAUAACUCUCCGGUAUUUCCGGACAGCGGUUACUCGUUUAUGAUAUCCCACGACGCUGAUGAAGACAUGGUUGUCAUUGUUGUCAUGGCGACUGACGAAGAUGGUGGCGACAAUGGUCGAGUGUCAUACGAAAUACUCCGAGGCAACGCUGGCUGGGCAGGUCUGUGAAAAUCUGCUUGAAAACGAAGCGUUUGCUCAGUGUUGUUUCAGAGGCCGUUCACGAGGAAUUUAGGACCAUAAGUGAAUUAACUUUUAUUACCGUGGUAUCAAGACCGAUUUCCUUUGUGUGUUUGGGCGUGAAUGAUUAAGUUUCCGAAAUAGAUUUCGCAGUUACCAUCUACAGAAAUAAAAGUUUCAAGUAUUCUGUAAUUUUUGUUUUUCAGGAGACUUUUCCAUACAUGCUAGCAGUGGGGUGAUAAAAACAGUCAAUAAGCUGAAUCGUGAUUUGGGAUAUCAGUAUAAUCUCACUAUUAAAGCGACCGAUCAUGGCACUCCACAAUUAUCAGCCACGGUAAGUCAUACGGAGAAUAGUUUAGAACUGAUAGAGGUAUCCAGUAUAAAUAAAGUUUGUUUAGGUUUCCUCCUGUAGUAACAUUGGAACAAUAAGAGAUGAUCCUUAAUACUGGACCUCUAGGGAGAACAGUUUAGAACUGAUAGAGCUAUCCAGUAUAAAUAAAGUUAGUUUAGUUUUAGGUUUCCUUCUGUAGCAACACUGGAUCAAUGAGAGAUGAUCCUUACUGGACCUGUAGGAAAACAGUUUAGAACUGAUAGAGCUAUCCAGUAUAAAUAAAGUUAGUUUAGUUUAGGUUUCCUCCUGUAGUAACACUGGAUCAAUAAGAGAUGACCCUUACUGGACCUCUAGGGAGAACAGUUUAGAACUGAUAGAGCUAUCCAGUAUAAAUAAAGUUAGGUUAGUUUAGGUAGAGAUAAAACAUUUUUGGAUUUUUCUAUUGUAUAUCUGUUUUAUUUUAGACCAAUGUUAUUCUGACAGUGGGUCCCAGCAAUGACCACUCUCCUGUGUUAAUGCCAGUGAACUAUACAAUCAAUGUAUAUGAAAACAAUCUACCUCAGAAAGCUGUGCUCAAUAUCACUGCAACAGAUGCGGACGAAGGACAAAAUAGAGAACUUACCUAUAGCAUUGUCCGUGGAAAUAAUCACUCUUACUUUGAUUUGGUUUCCCAGGUAUUAUUUAAGUGCAAAGCAAGCUAGUGCAUAUAUUUUUGUACUUUAUCAAAACGUCUGUCCAUGUAAUUCAGACUACGUUCAUACUGUACUGAAUAGCUUUGCGUAGCGACGUGAAAAAACACCUAUCCGUACCUUGUAGGAAACGCAAUUUUCAGAGGAAUUAUUGCAACAGAAAGAUGUUGUUUCGCUCAGCUUCUGAAAGUUGUACGUUCCGUAUCGGAUAGGUGAUUUUUCACGCCGCUACGGAAAGCUAUCUGGUAUAGUGGAAACGUAGCCUCAGUCUGCAGUCCAACAGUUAACUCUGAACUUUCGAUGUUUUAGUCAUCCUAUGGAACCCUUGUUGUCGUGAGUCGCUUGGAUCGUGAGGCUAAAGAGGAGUACAUGUUGGAAAUAAUGGUGAAAGAUGGUGGAAUACCAACAGCAAAGAAGGUACUUUUAGUAUAUAGUUGUGUUUCACUUAACACUAUCGUGCAGCAGAUGGGGGUCAACCUGCAGUUAUCAGAAUGAGAAUACGAUGUUCAUUCUUUUCAUUAUAUGUGGUAGUCUUGUAUUUGGUGGCAAAUAAAUAGAAUUGAGAGACGUAGUUUAAUUGUAGUUUAAUGUAGUUCAGCAUUUCUCAUGUUGACCUCCAUCUGCUGCCGUAUAGCGUUGACUGAAACCUACAAUUUGUGGUUAGUUGUGUACACACACUGUACUUACAUUAUACUGUAUUGUAUUUUCUUUCCUUGUAACUUCAGGCGACAGGUUUUGUCACUGUCAAUGUUCUUGAUCUCAAUGACCAUGCUCCACAAUUCAUGAAACAAAACUACACUGGACGGUUGAUGGAGAACAGCGGUCCGGGCGUCACUGUACAAAUGGUAAACUACUAUGUUUUAAACAUGUUGUUGUUGUUGUUGUUGUUGUUGUUGUUGUUGUUGUUGUUGUUGUUGUUGUUGUUGUUGUUGUUGUUGUUGUUGUUGUUGUUGUUGUUGUUGUUGUUGUUGUUGUUGUUGUUGUUGUUGUUGUUGUUGUUGUUGUUGUUGUUGUUGUUGUAACCAAGUUUGCUGUUGUAACCAGCUUUGAAAAAGUAGUCCCAGAGUGGCCAUAUCUGAUAUAUCCUAUUUCACUUAUCUUUUAGGAAGAGGCAAUAUUCGCGACAGACAAUGACCUCGGUAUUAACGCUGAAAUCCUUUACAGUAUAGCGGGCUCAGGAAGCGAACAAUUCGUGAUCGAUAGAAUAACCGCUGUACUGAAAACAAGGGUCUCAUCUUGGCCAACUUUGGACCACGAGACCACGCCCUCCUAUACAUUCAACAUAAUAGCCACUGACCAGGCUGGAAAUGGACUGCAGUCUACAGUUCCUAUCACCAUACAUCUUAUAGAUGAAAACGACAACUCUCCUCAGUUUUUACCCAUGAUCCUUCGCGUUUCUAUCUCAGAAUCCACAGCAGUACAUGACGUCGUCACAACAAUUCAUGCCGCUGACCCAGACCCAGGGCUCAAUGGUCAGGUGACUUACUCUAUCAUAUCCGGUGCCCAAGGCAUGUUUGAAGUCGGAAAAAGCAACGGCAGUUUACGAGUGCUUCACGGACUUGACCGAGAACAGCGCGAUGAAUACCGAAUCAAUGUUUCGGCGCUUGACGGAAAUCUAAACCCCAGACAAGGCUUCGGGCUUGUGAUUGUGACGAUACUCGACGAUAAUGAUAAUCGGCCGGUCUUCGAGAAGCUCGAGUACACUGCGAGUGUUUCCGAAAGCGUUCCAAUCGGUUACGAAGUUCUUACAGUCCGUGCUGUUGACGCUGAUUUGGGAAUGAAUUCAAACGUCUCAUAUUAUGUAGAACACGAAGUAUUUAGCGUUCACAAUAUUACUGGCGUCAUCAAUACAAGGACAGCGCUGGAUAGAGAAACUGUGGGCUCAUAUUCGUUCAACGUCUACGCUCGAGGUGCCGGGGGACUGGAGUCUAGCGUGACGGUGAAUAUCGCAGUUGAUGACGUCAACGACAAUGCGCCAUAUUUCCCCAAGGGUGAUAUUUAUAGAAGUGACGUCACUGAAGAGACGUCUGUGGCGAGUGUGGUUCUCAAUAUAGUGGCACAAGAUGAUGACGUAGGCAAGAACGCUGAACUGCAGUACUCGCUGGCUCGGAAUGUUGGAGAUCUAUUUGAGAUUGAUUCGGAGACGGGCAUUUUAAGGUUUGAAAAAGAAAUGAAAUGUUUUUAUAGACUUCUCUUUGUGAGCACGAUCUUGAUUUUUAGUUGAAUGAUUAAGUGAUGGUGAACUGAAGCACAGUAAUUUGUGUCUUUCAUCUCUGUGACUGAGCUUUGAUUCCUACAUUAUCCAGUUGUCUGAUUAUAAUUCCACCUCAGUCACAUGUGAGAAGAAUGCUUCCAGUUUGACUCUACCAAAUACUGCAGAUUUUCUCCAUGUUCUCUAGUUUCCUCCUGUAGAAACACUGGAUGAACAAAGGUGAAAGGAUGCCCCUUACUGAACAGCUUAGAACUGAGGUAUCCACUAUAAAUAAAGUUAGUUUAGCCUUAGUCAAAUUUUAAUUCCUACUACAUCUUUUUUGUUUCAGACUGAAAAACACUGUCAACAAGGCUUCACUGGUUGCUCUGGGUCAUAUUAACACCACAGGUUUGAUGGAGUUAACCGUACAAGCUCAAGAUGGCGGCAACCCUGCUUUAUCAACAGAUCAAAAAGUUGUUCUGCGUAUUUUAGCUUCGACAGAUGUCACUCCAGUGUUUGAUAGAUCAGUAUACAUCUUCAACGUCAGCCAAGAUGCGGAGAUUGGUAACGAGGUUGGCAGAGUCAGCGCGGUGACGAAGUCUGGAUCUAGCGUGCUGACGUACACUUUCAAAUCUGCACAGACAUAUUUUGCUGUAGACCAUAGCAAUGUAUGUGAUCUACUUUUUUUAUAAAAAGUUCCCUAUGUUAGGUUGCGAUUCAAUGAUGUUGAGUUAAAUUACGUUGGAGAUACCUUUUUCAAGUAGUUCAGACACAAACCAUGACAGGCUUAUUGUAGAAUACUACCUACACUGGACCACCACGUUUGAGAUAUCUUUUUCAGGUAGUUCAGACACAAACCACGACAGCUUAUUGUAUAGAAUACUGCUUACACUAGACCACCACGUUUGAGAUUUAAUUGAAAUGUUUUUCUCUAGGGCCAACUAUCAACCGCUGCAAGUCUGUAUGAUGUGGAUGAGAGAUAUCAUAUUUUCACAGUUCGUGUCACUGAUGGUCUUUCUAAUUCUGGUUUUACUUCGGUUAGUUUUUUUGUUACUUUUUGUAGUCAUUUUUACAGUAACUUUUACAGUAAAAUAUUUUAUUCCAAUCUCUAGAGAGAACAGUUUAGAACUGACAGAGCUAUCCAGUAUAAAUAAAGUUAGUUGCUGUCAUUAUUUCACAGGUUGUGGUCGAAGUACUGGGCGUGAACAAACAUUCGCCUGAGUUUCAAUUCAUGUCGCCUUACAAGAUGAGUAUCUCUGAACGCGCGAGUCCUGGGACGGGGGUUGGAAUGCUGAAAGCAAAAGAUGAAGACUGGGGAGAGAAUGGCUUGAUCACGUAUCGAUUUCUUGAAGCUAAUGUUGGUGAGUCAUCUAAAUAUUAUCAGGAAGUAAAGUAAAACAAUACUGUGUACAUGUAUCUCUUGGCCUCUGGAAAACACUAUAUAAAUAUUUUUCAGGUAGUUCAGACACAAACCACGACAGCUUAUUACAGAAUCUACACUGGAUCACGUAGUUCAUGUAGUUCAGUGAACAAUAACACAACAUUACAUAACACUUGCAUAACUAGCAUGGUUCGACGCUGAAUUAAUAUAAACGAGUAUGUUUAUGACAUUCAGUAUAUAGUUCAUAAUUUCCAGUCUUAAAUCCGUCUGACCGUGUAGCUCAGUUCGUAGAGCGUCGAUCUAGUAAUUCGAAGGUCGCGGGUUCAAGACCCAGUCGCGGCAGACAAUAUUUUUCUGCUUGCGCUGGGUAUGGAAAUUAUGAAAUACACACUCGAGAACAUUUUCAACUUUUCAAACCACAACAGUUUAUUGUAGAAUACUGCCUACACUGGACCACCACGUUUGAGAUAUCUUCUUCAGGUAGUUCAGACACAAACCACGACAGCUUAUUGUAGAAUACUACCUUUUCACUGGACCACCAUGUUUGAGAUAUCUUUCAUACAUUAUGUCUGCUUACCAUUGCUGUAAAAAAACUAUAUUAUUUAGGUCUAAAUGGAGAAAUGGUAGCUGUAGAUAACUCAUGUUUUUUGCCUCUGGGCUUGGAAAGCGUGGCUGUUCUUGCAAGUGAUAUAACUGCAAGUUCAUUUCAUUCUGAACCGAACAAAGAUUUUCGUCCAACACAAGGAAGGCUAAAUAACAAGCCAUCCACACAAGCUGGAGUUACUUAUCAAGGUUUGUUGGAUUUCUGGAUUAGAUUCGGAUUAAGAUUAUCUGUAGGGGUUAGGAAUAAUGAUGGAGCCACCACCAUUUCUACCAUUUGCUCUUCUGCAAAGCUACUACUGAAAUCAAUCUAUAAAGUUCACGUUUCAACAAGAAACAAGGUUGAAUAAAGAGAUCUUUUUAGGAGCUUGGUGUGCAUCCAUCGCUGAUCUUACUCCAUUUAUCCAAGUUGACUUCGGGCGUUUGAAGAAAAUCACGCGAGUUGCGACGCAAGGCAGACCAGAUGGGACAUCUUAUGUCAGUAAAUAUUCGCUGACUCAUAGUGUGGAUGGAAACACGUGGUCACAGCAUGAUCAGGUACGACAACAACAAGUUGACGAGAAGUUUCAACGUAUACACACGCAAAAACGCACAAGUUGUAACAAACCUGCAGCAGACUUGUAAUAGCAAUGCUGUUCCAACAACUUGUCAACAGGAUGUGUUCGCACUGCUUGUUCCCAGCUUGUUGACAAGUUAGCAACGGCUUGUUCACAACUUGCUACAAGGUUAUUGAGCUCAACAGACUUGUUACACGUUUUUUCGACAACUUGUUAUCGUCCUGCAAUUCCAGUUUUUCAACACGUUGUGAGUGGUGACAACCUUGUAGCAACUUCAUAAAAUAACAACAUUGUUACAACUUGUUGCCAAGCUUGCUACAAGCCUGUUGCGAAGACAUCUUUUUGACAAGUCGUGAGAUUUGUACGUCUGUAUGUUGGCUAAGCCCUGAGUCAAUUUUAUUGUUGUUUUUUUUCAUGUGUUCAUUAUUAAUCCGUUAUUUCUAGACUUUCAGUGGAAAUAGCGAUGCUGAAAGUGUUGUUGUUCAAAGGAUAUUACCAUCUUUCAAGUCAAGAUUUGUUCGCUUGUAUCCCUUACUUUGGAAUGAACAAAGCUGUCUCAGAAUGGAGUAUUAUGGUUGUAAUUCUGAUGGGGGAGACGAAGGUUUGUUAGUGUGUUUGUGUGUAUGUCAGUACGAUAAAUGAGAAAGUAUUAAACAGCUUAAACAUCUUUACAAGACACAAUUUUAGUUCAAACAUUUUUGACGUGAAAGUUGGACGUCUUAACAAGACUCUGUUCUUUUAUAGUGAGUAUACCUUUCUUUAUUGAUGAAAAUACUGGUGAAGUCAACGUAUCUGAUCAACUUGAUCGCGAAACUCAGGAGAAAUACAUCAUCAAGGUCGAGGUAAGAUGAAUAGCUCUAUCAGUUCUAACUGUUCUUCCUAGAGGUCCAGUAAGGAUCAUCUCUUAUUGAUGCAGUGUUACUACAGGAGGAAACCUAAACUAAACUAAUUUAGAGUCAAACUGGAAGCGGUAUUGAAAAUUUUUUAACUCAAAUUCUUUUUGUUUUUUCCAGGCUUCAGACCACGGUAACCCGGCUCUCCGAGGAGACACAAUGCUCGAGAUUUCUGUCCUGGAUUCUAAUGACAAUACGCCAUCAUUUGAGAAGACCGCUUACCAUGUGAGCCUUUCGGAACGUACUUUCCCUGGAGAUAUGGUAAGUGUAGUGUGCCUAACAACCAAAUUGUCGCCAUAUUUUUUUUUUUUGGGGGGGGGUAGAAUGGAAAAAUGAACAUUAUUUUGUCAUUCAGCCAGGUUUAUGAGGAUACAUUUUGUUGUAGGUCGUCAGAGUUUCUGCAAGUGACAGUGAUGAGGGCAUUAAUGAAGAACUAACAUACACCAUUGUUUCUGGUGGACGUGGUAAAUUUACCAUUGAAGGUAAAAGGAAAGUAGUUGCCAUCUAUGUAACUAUAUAGGGAACGAACUUUUCCCGGACUAUAAGUAAAUAUAACUAUCACUGUGACCAACAAUCCUGGUCAAUAUUUGUGCAUCAAUGAACCUUUGUUCGUAUGGUUUGUAUAUUUGAUCCGGUAACUGGUCAACUAAAUAAUUAACUAAAUAAAAAAUUGACCAAUGCAUAAAAAGCUAUAAUAUCAUAAAUCAUCUUUCAGCCUUCACUGGGAUAAUCCAGCCUUCGUCUCGUCUGGACUACGAAGAUCCCUCAGACAGAUAUUUUAUCCUCAAUAUAUCCGCAUCUGACCAUGGAUCACCUUUUCUAUCCUCUCAUGUACCUGUUUAUAUCACCAUCACAGACUUCAAUGAUAAUUACCCAGAAUUCAUUGAGGCAUCUCUGACGUCCGAAGUGAAAGAGAAUCUUGAUCCGGGAAUUUUGAUCACUACAAUUCAAGCGACAGAUGCUGACUCGGCGAAUAACUCUAUGGUAAGCAAAACACCGUCGAGAAGUUAGUUUAGUUUAGGUUUCCCCCUAUAGUAACACUGGAUCAAUAAGAGAUGAUGCUUACUAGACCUCUAGGAAGAACAGUUUAGAACUGACAGAGCUAUCCGGUAUAAAUGAAGUUACUGUUUUUGUCUAUAGGUUCGUUAUUCCUUACUGGAAGCCAGUGAUAAGUUUUCUCUUGACUCGACUACCGGUGAAGUCCGCACAACACAGAGAUUGGACCGCGAAGAGACUGGAAACUAUAUCAUCAAAAUUCGCGCCACAGAUCUGGGAGAUUCUCCUCUAUCGACUGAUGGAGAGGUUUGAUGAUAUUUUAUUUUAAAAGGUCUAGACACGUAUCUCGCGUUCCAAUGCCUAUAAAAUCUCAACGUGAUGAUACUUCCUACAUUGUACGCACACGUUUCAUAUCUUUCGUUUCUUUCAGUUAUCAAUCAAAAUCAUUGACGAGAAUGACAACCGUCCUCAAUUUACUGAGGAUAUUUACAUUCGGAAGAUCAAGGAAGACUCACCUGUUGGCGCUGUAGCUGUGACAUUGAAAGCUGAAGAUAAAGAUGUUGGUUUGAAUGGAAAAGUUUCGUAUACCAUCACUGAUGGCAACGAAAAGGGUGAGCUAGUAAACCUAUAAACUAACUUUAUUUAUACUGGAUAACUCUAUCGGUUUUUAACUGUUCUCCCUAGAGGUCCAGUAAGGAUCAUCUCUUAUUGAUCCAGUGUUACUACAGGAGGAAACCUAAACUAAACUAACUUUAUUUAUACUGGAUAGCUCUAUCAGUUCUAAACUGUUCUCCCUAGAGAUUCAGUAAAGAUCAUCUCUUAUUGGCCCAGUGUUACUACAGGAGGAAACCUAAACUAAACUAACUUUAUUUAUACUGGAUAGCUCUAUCAGUUCUAAACUGUUCUCCCUAGAGAUUCAGUAAAGAUCAUCUCUUAUUGGCCCAGUGUUACUACAGGAGGAAACCUAAACUGAACUUACUUUUUAUACUGGACUCAAAAUCAUAUGAUUCCGAGAAAUUAUAAAUGAACUUUCAUAUUUUUUCUACAGGUCUUUUCCGGCUCGACAACACGACAGGUAUUGUCACAGUAGCAAAACCCUUGGACCGAGAAGUCAAUCAUACAGUAAGAUUUACAGUUAGAGGACAGGACCAGACCGCGCCAUUUUAUUUUGAUCUUGCUGACGUGACUGUCAUGGUAACGGAUGUGAAUGAUAAUGCUCCUGUGAUUGAACCGAAGGACAUGACGGUUGUGAUUAGCGAGGUAAGAAUUUUGAAAUUUCAAUCUCUCAUUUGAUCGUUCGAGGCGGAGCUACCUUGAAUGGCUUGUCGACUCUUCGAUUAGGAAUGGCUCCUACUGGACUUUAGGGAGAAUUAACAGUUCAGAACUGAUAGAGAUAUCCAGUAUAAAUAAAGUUAGUUUAGUUUAGGUUUCUUCCUGUAGUAACACUGGAUCAAUAAGAGAUGAUCCUUACUGGACCUCUAGGGAGAACAGUUUAGAACUGAUAGAGCUAUCCAGUAUAAAUAAAGUUAGUUUAGUUUAGGUUUCCUCCUGUAGUAACACUGGAUAAAUAAGAGAUGAUCCUUACUGGACCUCUAGGGAGAACAGUUCAGAAAUCAGAACUGAUAGAGCUAUCCAAUAUAAAGAAAGUUAGUUUAGCUAACCUUUAUCCUUUGAUCUGUAGUUUAACGAGUACUUAAUAAUAAUACAGCUUCUACUAGGAAAACCAAAAUCUUACUUUUACUUAAAUAUUUACCAAUUGAUAAAUAUUUUAUUUUCAAGGAUGUACCCAUAGGAACAUUUAUUGUGGAUGUGAAUGCGACGGACAAGGAUUCCUCAAACAACGCAGAGUUAGUGUAUUCCAUCGUGCAUGGUUCUCAUGGUCAUUUCAGUGUUGACGCUAACACUGGUGUCGUGAGAACUGCCGUGAAAUUGGACUACGAGACCAUCAUUCAUUAUAUUGUAAGUUUGUACCUCAUUUCAUUUUAUUAUUAAGACCCAUUUCCACUCAAGGAAAAUUUCCACGGACAGAAAAUUUCCGAAAAUAUCAUUGUAAAAAGUUGAAAAUUUUCAACUUUGAAAUUUUUUUCCUACGGAAAAUUUGUGUCGGCCAAUCACAUUUUACAAAAUUUUCCUGUGUGGAAAUGGACCUUUAUAUCAGACACGAGAGAAAAUUUAUUUAAGCUUGUUAAACAGUGAGUCACUUCCAUACAUAUCUUAUAUAUACUAGAUUGUGCAUCUAAUUAUUCUGCAAUUAAAAAAUUGAAACCGCGUCAUUGCAGACUCAGGAUAUUCCCAUGAAAUGAGAAGACUCGUAUGUUUUCUAUUUCUUAAACAGGGAACUUAAAUAUUAAGGUAAACCUAUUCCAAAUACGUUUUUAAACUAUUCAAAUGAUGAAAGUUAUUGUUGUUUCUUAAGCGUUUAUUAGCGAGUGGGAAACACCAACAUGGCCGCCAUCUAUUCAAAUGGGGAUAACCGCUGCAAUAUUCUUGGUUUCAAUUUUUCUAAAAGAGAUGCGCUAUCCAGUGUAUAUAUGAUAUCUAUGAUCAGUUCCCUCAAAGAUUUCUUACAAAUCCUUCAAAACUUAUAGUUUACCUAUGCAAGAUUCCUACUGUGAUCACUGAAACUUUGAUAGUGUCAACCAGGCUUUGUAGUGAAUUGGAACAUCUACACUCUGAGCGAUAUUAUUCCGUUUUAUUCAUUGUUUUGUUUCGUAGGUGCUUGUGAUGGUUCGGGAUACUGGUGUUACAGGGUAUAUGGACUUCGGUUCCAUUGACAUCACUUUGAUUGACGUUAAUGAUAAUGGGCCAGUCUUCUAUAUG